AUGGUAUCACUUGGAGAUUUAUGUUGGGUUGCUGGCCUGAUUGUGGUCAUUAAGGGCCUCUAUCAUUUGCUGUCCUUUGUCUACGCAUUCACAAUUAGAGCACCAAUUAACGUCAAGAAGUAUGGUCAAUGGGCUGUUGUCACUGGUGCCACAGAUGGUAUUGGAAAGGCAUACUGCCAUGAGUUGGCUAAGCGUGGAAUGAACGUUUGUUUGGUCAGCAGAAGCAAGGAGAAGUUGACUCAGGAGGCUGCCGUCAUUGCUGAGAAGUUCAAGGUCCAGACAAAGACCAUCUCGUUCGACUUUGGCGUCUCGGACAAUGGCGCCUACACCGCCCUCUCUAACCAGUUGCGCGACAUUGAGGUCGGAAUGCUGGUCAACAACGUUGGCAUCUCAUACGACUACCCAAUGUACCUGGAGGAGCUGCCACAGGACCGCAUCGAGGCAUUGAUCAACCUGAACAUUCGCUCGCUCACCAUCCUCACCCAGCUCGUGCUCAAGGGCAUGCUGGAGCGCAAGCGUGGUGCCAUCAUCAACAUCUCCUCGAUCUCGGCCAUGGCUCCAAUGCCCCUGCUCGCCGUCUACGCAGGCACCAAGGCCUACGUCGAGCGCUUCUCCACCUCGCUCUACAACGAGUACAUCUCAAAGGGCAUUUUUGUCCAGUGCGUCGCCCCAGGCAUCGUCGUCAGCAACAUGUCCAAGGUGCGCAAGCCCUCAAUGAUGAUCCCAUUGCCCAACGCAUUCGCUCGCUCCGCUCUCAACACCGUUGGCUACGACAAGGUCACCGCUGGCUACUGGUCACACCAGAUCCAGACCUUUGUGCUCACCAACCUCCCAGAGUUCAUCGCUGUCAAGUCCGUCUUUGACAUGCAUGCCUCGCAGCGCAAGAGAGCAUUGGCCAAGCAACAAAAGGCACAAUAA